GGCAGGUCAGCCCUGGCUGGGUACACUCUGUGGAUGCCGUUCACCAUGCACAUAACCCAGCUUAACCGGGAGUGCCUGCUGCAUCUCUUCUCUUUCCUGGACAAGGACAGCAGGAAGAGCCUCGCCAGGACCUGCUCCCAGCUCCAUGAUGUGUUUGAGGACCCUGCUCUUUGGCCUCUGCUGCACUUCCGUUCCCUCACUGAGCUUAAGAAGGACAACUUCCUUCUGGGCCCAGCGCUGCGCAGCCUGUCCAUCUGCUGGCACUCCAGCCAGGUGCAGGUGUGCAGCAUUGAGGACUGGCUUAAGAGCACCUUCCAGAGGAGCAUCUGUAGCCGGCAUGAGAGCCUGGUCAGUGAUUUCCUCCUCCAGGUGUGUGACAGGUGCCCCAACCUGGCGUCCGUCACGCUGUCGGGCUGCGGCCACGUCACCGACGACUGCCUGGCCCGCCUGCUACGCAGUUGCCCGCGCCUGCGCGCGCUGCACCUGGAAAACUGCGCGCGCGUGACCAACCGCACGCUGGCGGCCGUGGCGGCGCACGGGGGCGCGCUGCAAACGCUGCACGUGGACUUCUGCCGCAACGUGAGCGCCGCGGGACUGCGCCGCCUGCGCGCCGCCUGCCCGCGUCUGGUCCUGCGCGCCGAACACAGCGCGGCCAUGAUCCCCGACCAAGUCCCGCGCCCGCCAGCGUCGGGCACGGCUCUCCGCAAGCUGCUGCCUAGCUAGGCCGGCCGUGACUCUGGGAGAGAGUACCUUGGCGUCAGAUCGUCCUGCCUUGGAGCCCGCCGUCGCGCCUUCUUGGCGUCAUUCUUCCCGUCUGCACAUUGGGGAUAGUGCCCAUCUACCUCACAUCAUGAUUUUAUAAAGAGGAUGAAGGCGAGAUUAAACGACUGCAUGGCUGGAAAACACUUUGUGGUCCUCAAUACCAGCACCAUUUCCCCCUUUUCUGCAAUGGUGGGAGGCGCCUGCGUUAUCUUCCGAGACUCGGACCGUGUGGUGGGUCUCCUUAACGGCGGUGGGCAGGACCGGAGCUCGCGGGCUGCGCCCCCUACAGGCAGGGGGCUCCGGCCGUCGCGCGCGUUCCUGGGGAAUCAGGCGGAGCGACCCCGCUGCGGCCCGGCCGCUGAGGGCUUCUGCAGAGUGAGUCCUGCAGCGCCGAAAGGCUGGUUCGCGGCUUGGCCCACGCCACCCUGGCCUGCUUGCCUUUCUUGGGGGCAGAUGUGGUCCUAGGAGGACUGCAGAAGCUUUUCCAGAUAAUCUGUUCCCAUUCUUUCAUAUGUAAACUGAGAGUUAACGGAUACUCUUACCAUUCGCACAAGGGAAAAGUAUGUCAAUGGGAGGAAAAAGUUAACGAUUUAAAAACAGCAGCAGUAUCCCUGACUAAGAUGAUAGUACAGGGCCUGGUGAUAUAGCUCAGUUGGUUGAGUGCUUGUCUAGCAUGCACGAGUCCCUGGGUUCAAUUUCCCAGCACCACCAAGAGGGAAAGAAAAAAAAGGAUAGUAGUGGAACCAUUGUUAAGUGGUGAAAAAUGAGGGUUUUUUUUAUUUGUUGGAUUUGCUGCACGUGGGCACAUGCCUGGACUUCCAGUUGUAAUUUCAGGGCUUUACUAAGGGGCCUCUGCCACCAGUUCCAGGUACAGGGAACACUGGGUAAGUGGAAGAGGCAGGGGAGCAGCAAUGGUGAGCAAUGCUCACACUCUUGGCUCCACCCACUGCCAGCUGUAACCAAGACCUUGCCUGAGUCUGUAGCCAAGUGUUUCUCCUCUCUGACAUCCCGAUCCGAUCCCUAAAACAGGUUCCUUAAUUUGUUGACCAAAUGGGAAAAAAACAAGGAUAAAGGAGACAAAUUCUGUUUUGGGUGGAGCUUACAUUCUGGAUAAUUAUACAUAAGUAGUGAGUACUGGAGGAGUUAGAAACUGUAGGGGAGAUUUGGAGAUUGUUGGCCAAGAAAUGGGUGGGGGAAGGCACUUAGAUUUGGGUUGACCACAUAAACCUCAUUGAGAAGGUGAUACUUGAGACAUGAGGUGAGCCAGGAAACCAAGUCAGCCAUCUGGAAAAUAUUUCAGGCCAAGAGAACUGCAUGUGCAAAGGUCCCGGACUAGGAGCAUGGCUGGUGUGUUAGGGAAACAGCAAGAAGGUCAGUGUAGCUGUUGCAGAGUGAGGAGGAGAGAUCAGAGAGGGAGCUAUGAAGGGACAGAUUGUAGUAAGGAUGAAAUAAAAACUGAAGGUCAGUUUAUCCCAGCAGGAGCUAGGGCCUAAGCACAGACAAUAAAAAGGUAAGUCCCAGAAAUUUCUCUAGGUAGAUACAUAGGAGGCAUCUACCUCUCCUGCCCUGCCCCACCUGGCAACUGCUGAAGGGGCUUCUCUGCUCUUCCUCCUGGUCCCCUGGCUGGGGCAGUGCUUACACCAGAACAAGGUAAACAUCCAAGCCCUUUCCUGGCAUAAUCCCUUCUAAUCUUGUGUGAAAAGCCAGACCCACCUUGCUGCCAGCUGCAGUGGAGGGGGAUAGGCCACUGUUUGCCUGUGGGACCCAGGCUCCCUCCAGGUGACUUUCCAGUUUAUCUUGCAUUACUCUGGACUUGAAAGGAUCCUUGCAGGGCCCUAAUUCUCCUUCCACUAUGGUGAACAGUGUUGAAAGAAAGCUUGAGCUUGGGGGGAGGGGUAGGAGAGGAUGUUGAAUGUCUAAAACAGUCACUUUAACUCCAGAGCUUGCUUUUAUCAUCUUAAUAAGCCCCAAUUCCCAGCAGGUCCUGUUGGCCCUAAAUUGGUAGUUUAGUCUGGGAACAGGAUCCUGACUUCAGGCCUAAUGGAUAUAGGUCUGUAGUCCAUUCCCCCUCACUUUCUAACCCUGACACCAAAGGCAGGUCAGCUCUCCUCCUAAUUCCCUUAUGUUAAGUAGGAGUAGCUAGAAAACCUUGUUUGUGGGAUUUUUUUUUUAUAAGGAUCAGGAUUGUGUUUGUAAAGCAGAGGUCACAGCAGGUUGAGCUUGAAUGGGGCAACCUGCAUCCCCCUAAAGUCCUUUUCCUAUGGAAACUUCUGUAAAUGACUGUUUGCUUUCCAGGCUAACCCCCACGUACCCAAACUAUAGUGACCAUAAAACCAAAUCUGUGCUGAUACCUGUGUCCAGUAUUGUUUCAGGGCUCUAAACUGGCUCCCACCGUGGCCAGGAGGCUUUGGGUCCCUGAGUCAAGGGCCAUUUUAGGUGCUCCCAGAAGGUGGGCACUGAUGAGUCGAUGAGUCACAACUCUGCACUCUGCCUUCCAACAGUAGCUGUUCACCUUCAGGAGGAAUGCCCUGCUUAAUCUGAAACACAACUUCCAAGGUCUUCUCGGAGGUUUGCCCAGGAGGCAUUGAAUGCUUAAAUAAUCAGCCAACUCAUUCAUCUAAGCAGCAUUUACUUGGUAUUGGCUGUGGACUGGGCCAGGCCAAGGGACUCAGUUCUAGUUGGGAGAAGAUAUGCAGCUGGGAGUGAGGGGUGUUCUUGAGUACAUCUCCCAGCUUUGUGUGCACAGCUUCUCCAAGUUAUAAUUUCUCUGAGCCUGCUUCUUCAUCCGUAAAAUGGGAUCAACACCACCUUCUAUGUGACAGUUAUGAGACUCAAUGUACUGUGCCUACAAGGCAAGAGCAGGUGUCCUCACAUCCAUGAGGGCUAGAAAAGUUGAGUGGCUGGCAGGACUCACAAGGCUCAGGCACUGGGAAGAAGCAAGACAGGCCUGUAUGUGGGUGGGCCAGCAUCUGUACUGGAUGGAGAACAGAAUGUUUGCCCUGAGCCUGAGGGCUGCCUCCAGCUCCCUCAGGUUCUGUGAGAACAUUGGUGUCAGCAGAUUCAGCUCAGCAAAGGCAGAGUCAAGAAGCACAAGGCACCACCAGGGAAGGUAAGCUGGGCAGAUGAGAGCCUGAUGGUAUUCAAGAGCCACCUAGAAGUAGGCCACUUGUGCCUUCCUAGACUCUUAUUAAUAAGACUACAGACUUUCCCUAGUUCCUGGAAUGUCAAAUCUUUUCACUCUGUUUUGGUCAAGGUAACCAAGGUCACAUGCAGGGAAAGCUAAGAAUGACACGUCAGCACUUGAGUAGGAUGCUGCUCCCUAGUUGGAAGCUGCCCAGUCAACCACAUCAUGCUGCCUGGUGUGCAUAGGACUCUCAGGCUAGCAGAAAGAUCAGGCCACAUUCACUUGGGUCAGGUGUUCCAGAGUCCCAAGGAAAUGGGAAGUGAUGCUUGGAGGUUUUUUGAGCAAGGUAUGUGCCUGUUUCUGCACAGGCUGAAUGUUGGGAGGGAGCUGACUGAGCCUUCUAGGAUCUAACCCAGAAUGCUGUUGGUAGGCUGCUGCACCUGAUUGAGUUUUUCCCCUCUCCUAGCCUUGGAUUUCCAUCCUGUAAAAGAGAUCAUGUGACCAUUAGAGACCUCCUUUUCAGGUUUAGGAUUCAUGUCCAACACAUACUUUCAGCUUCUUAGCAAAAGCAUAUCAUGCUAAGUGAAAUAAGCCAAUCCCAAAGAACCAGAGGCUGAAUGUUUUCUCUGAU